CUUCUGGGCAUUGAGUGUGUUUCGCGAAAUAUUUGUUUACAAACUGAACAUUUUGGAAAUUAAAUCUUUCAGCGGAUUGGCAAACAAGAUGAGCACCGGCAACAAAGGCGGUUACAAGACGCCGCGGAAGCAAAACCUGAAAUCCAUUGAAAACCUUACAAAUUCGGAGGAAGACUCCGAAGAUCUGGAUACGGCGAUGGUUGAGGAUGCCGGGGAAUCGGAUUCGAAAGGCACCAGGCGCCGUUCCGCCCGACGUCCAAGUCCCACCAAGAAGUACCAGGCCUACAAAAAUGAAAAUAAUGGAAAAACGCUGGAUGAUGCAGAGAUGUCGGAUGAAUUGAGCAGUGAGCCAGAGGAUCAGGAUGAAGAAGAGGCUACAGAGGAGCUGGAGAAUGCAGCCCGUCCAACUUCCAAGGACCUUCACCUCAUCCAAUCCGAGUACAAUGUGGCCGGCACCAGCAUGUUUGGCUUCAACACGCCAAAAAAACGCGAUGCCAUGGCCGUGGCCGCCCUUAAUGCCACGCCCCGCACUCCCAAGACCCCAAAAACGCCCCGACUGGGGGUCAAAACGCCGGACACCAAGCGCAAGAAGUCCACAGAUCAGCCAAAGACUCCCGCCCAUGUUCGCACCCGUGUGAAGAAUCAGAUUGCCAAAAUAGUUGCGGAUUCGGAUGAGGAUUUCUCCGGUGACGAAAGCGACUUCCAACCCAGUGGUAUAGGUUCGUCCUCCAGUAGCAGUAGCAGCGAUGGCGGCGAUUCCUCGGAAAACGAUGCGGCUGAUGAUGAGCCAAAGACGCCUUGCAAAGCCCGUCGUGCCAUUGUGGUGCCCGUUCUGCCCAAAACUCCAUCGGCAGCUCGUCUCCGACAAUCGGCAAGGGCUAAGAAGUCGAAUGAGUUUGUGCCCGAGAGCGAAAGCUAUUUCCAAUCGCAUGCCAGCAGUAAGAUCCUCACCUCAGAUCAUACAUUGGAUCGUUUGAAGAAUCCCCGGCUGGCCGCCGAUCGUGUGUUUAGCUUGCUGUCUGAAAUUAAGCUAUCCACCGAGCAUGAGACGUCCAUUAAUGCCAUUAUGGAGGAGUACCGUUCGUACUUUCCCAAGUGGAUGUGCAUAUUGAACGAGGGCUUCAAUAUAAUUCUGUAUGGAUUGGGAUCCAAGCGGCAGUUGCUACAGUCAUUCCAUCACGAGGUUUUGGAGAAACAAACCGUGCUGGUGGUGAAUGGCUUCUUUCCUAGUCUGACGCUCAAGGAUGUGCUGGACAGCAUCACAAGCGAGAUCUUGGACGCAGGCGUUAGUCCGGUCAAUCCGCACGAAGCGGUGGACAUGAUCGAGGAGGAGUUCGCCCUGAUACCUGAGACGCAUUUGUUUCUAAUUGUCCACAAUCUGGAUGGAGCGAUGUUGCGCAAUGUGAAGGCCCAGGCGAUUUUAUCGCGACUGGCGCGAGUGCCAAACAUUCACUUGCUGGCCUCUAUCGAUCAUAUUAAUACCCCAUUGCUUUGGGACCAAGGAAAGCUGAGCAGCUUCAAUUUCUCGUGGUGGGACUGCACCACCAUGCUGCCAUAUACGAACGAAACUGCCUUCGAAAACUCUCUGCUGGUGCAGAAUUCGGGAGAACUGGCCCUCUCCUCGAUGCGCAGUGUGUUCUCCUCGCUGACGACCAACUCGCGCGGCAUCUACAUGCUGAUUGUCAAGUACCAACUGAAGAAUAAGGGCAAUGCCACAUACCAAGGCAUGCCAUUUAGGGAUCUAUACUCAAGUUGUCGCGAGGCCUUCUUAGUCAGUUCAGAUCUCGCUCUGCGCGCCCAACUUACAGAGUUUCUCGAUCACAAGCUGGUGAAGUCAAAGCGAAGCGUUGAUGGCUCCGAACAGCUAACCAUUCCCAUUGAUGGCGGACUGCUGCAGCAGUUCCUCGAGGAGCAGGAGAAGAAAUAAAUCGUCGACGUAAUUUUAGAACAUAUUAAUUUAUUAUCUAAUAUUGUUAAAUACAAUUACAAUUUCGCUUUUUAAAAAUGUCGUGAUGCUGUCACUUGUAUUGCCC